CUGUCUCAAAUGGCAUAGUGCUCCAUCUACAGUCUAUAAUUGAGUCUAUCAGGUAUCCAUGUAAGUUUUUUGAGGUUGAGGUUGAGACUUGAUAGAAAAGGAAGAGAGAGACGCCUUAUCUGAAAGUUUUCAUUUUCAAGUAUAUAGUCCAAGCAAAAGCUUCUCUUGGUGGCAUUAAAAGAAACCAGAAACCAUUUUCCUCCACUCACAAACACUACCUCUAUCUGCAUACCAAAAACCAACACCUUUUUUUCCUCCUAUUUGCACCAUAAAAUAACCCUACUUGGUCUUUCAUCCUCUACUUGCACAGGCAAAUCCCGCACCGGCAAGACAUAGUUUCCGGUUCUCCGUCAGGCCAUUUUCAGGCAGUUCCUAGUUAAGGGGAGAAUGGGACAGAUUCUGGCACCUGCAACUCAAUGGCAGAUGAGAGUACCAAAGUGCUCCUCCUUUGGGAGUCCCAUGGCAACAAAGAUGUGGAGUUCUUUGUUGUUGAAACAGAACAUGCAUGGAGCAGCCAAAGCCACCGGUAAAUUUAGAGUGCUCGCCUUGCAGUCCGAUAACAGCACUGUCAACAGGGUAGAACAGCUACUAAACAUGGACGUCUCUCCAUACACUGACAAGAUCAUUGCCGAAUAUAUUUGGAUAGGAGGCAGUGGAAUCGACAUGCGGAGCAAGUCCAGGACAAUUGCAAAGCCAGUUGAACAUCCCUCUGAACUUCCCAAGUGGAACUACGACGGAUCGAGCACCGGACAAGCACCUGGUGAUGAUAGUGAAGUUAUUCUAUACCCUCAAGCAAUUUUCAAGGACCCUUUCCGGGGAGGUAACAACAUUUUGGUAAUUUGCGAUGCAUACACACCGGCCGGUGAGCCCAUUCCCACGAACAAGCGCCACAAAGCGGCUGAGAUUUUCAGUAACAAGAAGGUGGUAGAUGAAGUACCAUGGUUUGGGAUUGAGCAAGAGUACACCUUACUUCAACAAAAUGUGAAAUGGCCUUUGGGUUGGCCUGUUGGAGGCUACCCUGGUCCCCAGGGUCCUUAUUACUGUGGAGCUGGAGCCGACAAGUCAUUCGGGCGUGACAUCUCCAACUCUCAUUACAAGGCUUGUCUAUAUGCCGGUAUUAACAUCAGUGGAACCAAUGGGGAGGUUAUGCCAGGCCAGUGGGAGUAUCAAGUUGGUCCCAGUGUCAGCAUUGAAGCCGGAGAUCAUAUCUGGUGUUCCAGAUACAUUCUCGAGAGAAUCACUGAACAAGCCGGUGUUGUUCUCUCUCUUGAUCCUAAGCCAAUAGAGGGUGACUGGAAUGGUGCCGGAUGUCACACCAAUUACAGUACUAAGAGCAUGAGGGAAGAGGGAGGCUUUGAAGUUAUAAAGAAAGCAAUCUUGAAUUUGUGGCUCCGCCAUAAGGAGCAUAUCAGUGCCUAUGGUGAAGGAAAUGAGAGAAGAUUGACAGGGAAGCAUGAAACAGCCAGCAUUGACACCUUUUCUUGGGGAGUCGCUAACCGCGGUUGUUCGAUCCGAGUCGGGCGUGACACUGAGAAGAAUGGAAAAGGUUACUUGGAAGAUCGGCGUCCGGCUUCGAACAUGGACCCGUAUGUUGUAACAGGGUUGCUAGCAGAAACUACAAUAUUGUAUGAGCCAACACUUGAAGCUGAAGCACUUGCAGCUCAGAAGAUUGCUUUGAAGGUCUAAAUAACCCAAUUUGAUGUAUAUUAUCUAUAUUCAACUCAUUUAAAUGGAUGGUUUUGCCUUAUUUUU